CACAAAAUAAGGACUGCAAACUAAGUGAAGAAGAGCUAAGUGCGAGUAUAGGAAGGAGAGCGGAGACAUUGGACGUGAACAGAAAACUGAGAAGGAGUAGCCACCGUCUUAAAGAUGGGGAUAUCGUCGGGGUUUAUUGUCCUCUUGGUUUUAUCCCUCCUUGCUGGUAGAUCACAAGCGGUAACAACAGACGCAACCACAGAGGGAUCAAACCCAACUGUAUCAACAAUAGCUGAAUCAUCUUCUUCUGAAAUAACAUCAGGCACAACAUUGUCCAGUAGUUCAGAGCCAGCUACAGAGGCAUCACCUAGUCCAACACUAGCAAGUACCUCGGAUCAAACAGCAUUAUCCUCUGUGUCCCCUGAGGUAUCAUCUGAUUCUCCUCAAACAAUAACAUCAUCAGUUACAUCAUCCGCUUCAGCUGACCCAACAUCAUAUUUCAGUUCUUCAGAGCCAUCCUCAGGUUCUGAAUCGACAUCCUCUUUGCCUGCAACUAUAUCAACCAUAGACGCAUCAUCUUUAUCCUCUGAAACAACAGCCAUGACAUCAUUCAGUCCUUCAUCAUCAACCACAGAUGGUUCCUCUACUCCUACGUCACAAAGCGUAGAUGAAUCAUCGACUGCCGCUGAAGCAUCAAUAGCGACAACAUCAUUCAGUCCAUCAUCGGAAAGCAUUGAUAGCUCAGCCAGUUCAACAGUAUCGUCAGCUUCCUCUGAACCAACUUCCUCAUUGGGUACAACUGUAUCAACAAUAGCAGAAUCAUCUUUUUCCUCUGAAAUAACAACAGGCACAACAUUGUCCAGUAGUUCAGAGCCAGCUACAGAGGCAUCAUCUAGUCCAACAGUAGCAAGUACCUCGGAUCAAACAGCAUUAUCCUCUGUGUCCCCUGAGGUAUCAUCUGAUUCUCCUCAAACAACAUCAUCAGUUACAUCAUCCGCUUCAGCUGACCCAACAUCAUAUUUCAGUUCUUCAGAGCCAUCCUCAGGUUCUGAAUCAACAUCCUCUUUGCCUGCAACUAUAUCAACCAUAGAUGCAUCAUCUUUAUCCUCUGAAACAACAGCAAUUACAUCAUUCAGUCCUUCAUCAUCAACCACAGAUGGUUCCUCUACUCCUACGUCACAAAGCGUAGAUGAAUCAUCGACUACCCCUGAAGCAUCAAUAGCAACAACAUCAUUCAGUCCAUCAUCGGAAAGCAUUGAUAGCUCAGCCAGUUCAACAGUAUCGUCAGCUUCCUCUGAUCCAACAUCCUCAUUGGGUACAACUGUAUCAACAAUAGCAGAAUCAUCUUUUUCCUCUGAAAUAACAACAGGCACAACAUUGCCCAGUAGUUCAGAGCCAGCUACAGAGGCAUCAUCUAGUCCAACACUAGCAAGUACCUCGGAUCAAACAGCAUUAUCCUCUGUGUCCCCUGAGGUAUCAUCUGAUUCUCCUCAAACAACAUCAUCAUCAACAUCAUCCGCUUCAGCUGACCCAACAUCAUAUUUCAGUUCUUCAGAGCCAUCCUCAGGUUCUGAAUCAACAUCCUCUUUGCCUGCAACUAUAUCAACCAUAGAUGCAUCAUCUUUAUCCUCUGAAACAACAGCCAUGACAUCAUUCAGUCCUUCAUCAUCAACCACAGAUGGUUCCUCUACUCCUACGUCACAAAGCGUAGAUGAAUCAUCGACUACCCCUGAAACAUCAAUAGCGACUACAUCAUUCAGUCCAUCAUCGGAAAGCAUUGAUAGCUCAGCCAGUUCAACAGUAUCGUCAGCUUCCUCUGAACCAACAUCCUCAUUGGGUACAACUGUAUCAACAAUAGCAGAAUCAUCUUUUUCCUCUGAAAUAACAACAGGCACAACAUUGUCCAGUAGUUCAGAGCCAGCUACAGAGGCAUCAUCUAGUCCAACACUAGCAAGUACCUCGGAUCAAACAGCAUUAUCCUCUGUGUCCCCUGAGGUAUCAUCUGAUUCUCCUCAAACAACAUCAUCAGUUACAUCAUCCACUUCAGCUGAACCAACAUCAUAUUUCAGUUCUUCAGAGCCAUCCUCAGGUUCUGAAUCAACAUCCUCUUUGCCUGCAACUAUAUCAACCAUAGAUGCAUCAUCUUUAUCCUCUGAAACAACAGCCAUGACAUCAUUCAGUCCUUCAUCAUCAACCACAGAUGGUUCCUCUACUCCUACGUCACAAAGUGUAGAUGAAUCAUCGACUACCCCUGAAGCAUCAAUAGCGACAACAUCAUUCAGUCCAUCAUCGGAAAGCAUUGAUAGCUCAGCCAGUUCAACAGUGUCAGCUUCCUCUGAUCCAACAUCCUCAUUGGGUACAACUGUAUCAACAAUAGCAGAAUCAUCUUUUUCCUCUCAAAUAACAACAGGCACAACAUUGUCCAGUAGUUCAGAGCCAGCUACAGAGGCAUCAUCUAGUCCAACACUAGCAAGUACCUCGGAUCAAACAGCAUUAUCCUCUGUGUCCCCUGAGGUAUCAUCUGAUUCUCCUCAAACAAUAACAUCAUCAGUUACAUCAUCCGCUUCAGCUGAACCAACAUCAUAUUUCAGUUCUUCAGAGCCAUCCUCAGGUUCUGAAUCAACAUCCUCUUUGCCUGCAACUAUAUCAACCAUAGACGCAUCAUCUUUAUCCUCUGAAACAACAGCCAUGACAUCAUUCAGUCCUUCAUCAUCAACCACAGAUGGUUCCUCUACUCCUACGUCACAAAGCGUAGAUGAAUCAUCGACUACCCCUGAAGCAUCAAUAGCGACAACAUCAUUCAGUCCAUCAUCGGAAAGCAUUGAUAGCUCAGCCAGUUCAACAGUAUCGUCAGCUUCCUCUGAACCAACAUCCUCAUUGGGUACAACUGUAUCAACAAUAGCAGAAUCAUCUUUUUCCUCUGAAAUAACAACAGGUACAACAUUGUCCAGUAGUUCAGAGCCAGCUACAGAGGCAUCAUCUAGUCCAACACUAGCAAGUACCUCGGAUCAAACAGCAUUAUCCUCUGUGUCCCCUGAGGUAUCAUCUGAUUCUCCUCAAACAAUAACAUCAUCAGUUACAUCAUCCGCUUCAGCUGACCCAACAUCAUAUUUCAGUUCUUCAGAGCCAUCCUCAGGUUCUGAAUCAACAUCAUCUUUGCCUGCAACUAUAUCAACCAUAGACGCAUCAUCUUUAUCCUCUGAAACAACAGCCAUGACAUCAUUCAGUCCUUCAUCAUCAACCACAGAUGGUUCCUCUACUCCUACGUCACAAAGCAUAGAUGAAUCAUCGACUACCCCUGAAGCAUCAAUAGCGACAACAUCAUUCAGUCCAUCGUCAGAAAGCAUUGAUAGCUCAGCCAGUUCAACAGUAUCGUCAGCUUCCUCUGAUCCAACAUCCUCAUUGGGUACAACUGUAUCAACAAUAGCUGGAUCAUCUUCUUCUGAAAUAACAGCAGGUACAACAUUGCCCAGUAGUUCAGAGCCAGCUACAGAGGCAUCAUCUAGUCCAACACUAGCAAGUACCUCGGAUCAAACAGCAUUAUCCUCUGUGUCCCCUGAGGUAUCAUCUGAUUCUCCUCAAACAAUAACAUCAUCAGUUACAUCAUCCGCUUCAGCUGAACCAACAUCAUAUUUCAGUUCUUCAGAGCCAUCCUCAGGUUCUGAAUCAACAUCCUCUUUGCCUGCAACUAUAUCAACCAUAGAUGCAUCAUCUUUAUCCUCUGAAACAACAGCAAUUACAUCAUUCAGUCAUUCAUCACCAUCCACAGAUGGUUCCUCUACUCCUACAUCACAAAACGUAGAUGGAUCAUCGACCACCUCUGAAGCAACAAUAGCGACAACAUCAUUCAGUCCAUCAUCGGUAAGCACUGAUAGCUCAGCCAGUUCAACAGUAUCGUCAGCUUCCUCUGAACCAACAUCCUCAUUGGGUACAACUGUAUCAACAAUAGCUGGAUCAUCUUCUUCUGAAAUAACAACAGGCACAACAUUGUCCAGUAGUUCAGAGCCAGCUACAGAGGCAUCAUCUAGUCCAACACAAGCAAGCACCGCGGAUCAAACAGCAUUAUCCUCUGUGUCCCCUGAGGUAUCAUCUGAUUCUCCUCAAACAAUAACAUCAUCAGUUACAUCAUCCGCUUCAGCUGACCCAACAUCAUAUUUCAGUUCUUCAGAGCCAUCCUCAGGUUCUGAAUCGACAUCCUCUUUGCCUGCAACUAUAUCAACCAUAGAUGCAUCAUCAGCCAGUUCAACAGUGUCAGCUUCCUCUGAACCAACAUCCUCAUUGGGUACAACUGUAUCUACAAUAGCUUCAUCAUCUUCUUCUGAAAUAACAACAGGCACAUUGUUCACUCCCUCAGAGCCGACUACAGAGGCUAGUCCUGGACCAACUUCUUUCUUGAGUUCAACUGCAUCAACCACGACCACAUUGUCUGCUUCUCCUCAAACAACAACAGGUGCAACAUCAUCCAGUUCCUCAGGUCCAGAUUCAGAGACACCAUCCAGUCCAUCACCAGCAAGCACAUCUACAGUAACAUUAUCUGCUUCACCUGAACCAACAUCCUCCUUGAGUCCAACGACAUCAAUUCUCACCAGUACCAAAACUACUCUAAAGCCAGGUCUGGUUUGUCUCAAUGGUGGCCACACUGACGGGAAUAAGUGCGUGUGCAGACCAAAUUAUUAUGGAAUUGUGUGUGAAUUCAUUGUGAAUGAGAUAAGGCCAGAAAUCAAGAUUAAAGUAAACGUCACAGUGAGUGUAAAGAAUGAAAUAUUCCACCCGCAACUUAACGACAAAAGCUCCGAUGAAUAUAAGAAUUUUGAAAAGCGAUUUAAGGCGGAGAUGGAUCUCAUCUACAGGAAGAUCCCCAACUACAUUGAUGUGGAAAUCAUCUCUCUCACGAAUGGAAGCAUCAUCGCUGAUCAUGUGGUUCUUUUGGGUGUUUUCGCAGAAGACUUGAACAGCACUGUAGAAACCAUGGAAACCAUAUUAAACAACACAAACUGCACAAGUGACCAUAAAGACUUUCUAUGUUUUACACCAGGAAAAACUAAAGUUGAAAAGCCUAAAUUAGAUACUAAAGAUGCUUGCGCGAACCUUGGAAGCAUCUCUGAAGACGUAAGGCACUUCUAUUCCGAAGCGAAGGUCGAUGGAAUUCUUACAUGUGUGUCCAACUGUAGUAGCUACAGUGAACAUUUUUACGACUGCAACAAAGGACAAUGUUCAUUGACUCACCAGGGUCCGCAGUGCUACUGUGAGAUAUCGGACCAGUUCUGGUAUUCAGGAAACCAAUGCCAAAUAUCUAUAAGUAAACCCGGUGUCUAUGCUGGAGUGGCUGUUGCAGGGGCCAUACUGCUUAUCAUAAUUGUGGCCCUUGCCGUCAUGCUGUGCAGACGCAGAAGGAAAGACUCCCCAAAAGACAAGUUAAUAGACUCAGAGAAACAAUGGUACGAAGACGGCUGGGAAGAAGAUGGAAGCCAGAAUUCAUCAAGUGGCAGAACCAAUUUCCAUCCAGUAUUAGAGAAUGUAAAUACUGAUGUGAAGAUGACUGUCCCCAGACCCAAGCCUUUUUUUGUGCCGGGAUCCAUACCGGUGGAAUCCACCAGUUGAUCACAUUAUUACAACGUUAACAAAACUGUCAACUGGUAUCUCGUAUUCAGACUGGAAUGUACUGGGCACCAUCUUACAUGUUAAAUGGCGCAAGACAAGAAUUGACUCAGAAUGCACUUUAAAAAAAAAAAAAGAUAAAAUCAGCCAAUCAGAAUUUUCUACACGCGCCUUAUUGGCUCUGCUUGACUGGAAUUGUUGCCAUGGUUACUUUUGAAUUGCCCUGACCUUUACCGGAACGUUCCAUUCCUAUGAAGCUGCAGGAGGUGGUGAAAACAGGACGUGCCAAAUUCAUGGAAAAUCUGGAAUUAUAUUUUUGAAAAACGAUUUUUUAAAAAAAAUUAACUAUGUGAUGACGUCUGCACUUUACUAAAUUUGUAAAAUUUGUCCAACGUGGGUAUUAACCCCUUCUUUUAUACAUCUUUUAUACUAAAUAGAUUCGUACCGUAUAUAUUCCUUUUAAAAAUGCAACAUAUUUUUUUAAUUUUUGUUUUUUAUAUAAUGACAUCAUUUUAUUUAUUUAAUCAUUUUUUGUGCAAAUAGAUGUAAGUAUGACAUAAUAUUAUUAUAUAUUUACACAUGUGCAACAUAUUUAUUCAUUAUAAGAUGGCACUUUUGAUUGUAUGUAUAUGGUCUACAGUGUAGGCCAAACUAUUAGCCAAAUGGCAAUAAUAAAAAAUUUUAUUUAAAAAAAAA